AUGUUUGGCUCAACUAAUAAUACGACGAAUAUAUUUGGCAAUACUUCACUCAAUACAUCUAGUGAUAAUAAGACACCUUUUAAUUUUGGUACAAAUGCUGUAUCUAAUGCAAGUUCAACUUCUAUAUUUGGUACAGCUAAUCAGAGUAGUACAAGUUCAACAAACCUGUUUGGUAAUAUAGGAGCAAAUAGUUCUUUAAAUUUACAAAAUGGGUUAUUGGGAUCUGGACUUAAUUCUACACUAGCUAGUACUGGUCAACAACAACAAAAAGGACUAAACUUAUUUGGGCAGCAAAAAAGUCCUGGACUUGGUUUACAGAGCACCAAUACUACAUCUUCUCAGAUUUCAGCAAUUAGCUCAAUGAAUCCACCAAUGACCUCUAAUACUGGUACAACUGUGGAUAAUAAUAAGCCUUCACUACUUGGUCAAAGUACUUUAAAUAAUCAGGCUGGCACGAGUAUUGGUACUAAUACUAUACCAUUUGGUUCUACAAAUAAUGUACAGAAUGUGGGGACCCUAAAUUCAGGCAAUAAUCUCUUUGGAUCAUCUAAUUUAUCUACUAGUAAUUCUAAUAGCAAUUUCUCUAAUAGUUUAAAUGUGAAUGGAAUAAAUAAUAAAGCUUUACCUGAUACUACUGUCAUUAGCUCUAAUGACCCAUCAUCUUCACUAAAUAAUCCAACAAGUAAUCUUUUUGGACAAUCAAACACAGCAUCCUUAAAUAAUAAGAUAGAUCAAAAUUCACUAUUUACUGGUCCAAAUACAAAAAGUUUAUCGGGGGAUUCUUAUGCAACUACUGGCUUACCUAGUGCUUCAACUAACUCUGAAUCAAAUAAAUUGGUAAGUGGUAAUUCCAACUUAUUUUCUAGCACAUUAUCGGGUACAUCAGGUAUAGAAUCUCAAGCAAAAAGUGAAACCAGUACCAAGAUUGAUAUAGCUCCUAUAAAUACCAAGAAUGAUACUAAUACAAAUAAUACUCAAGGUACAAGCAAUUCAGGUCAGUUAUCAACAGCACUACAAUUAGAUGUAUCUACAGCAGCUUCAUUACAACAUGAAAGAGUUGAUGAUGUUUUAAAAUCUUGGGAAAGUAGGUUAGCUAAGCAAGUUAAAUUAUUUAAUAAGGCAUCAUCAGAUGUAUUGGCAGUAGAUAAAGCAAUAAUAACAUACACAACUUUAUUAUACUCAAUAAGAUCAGAUCAACAGGAAAUGAAAAUUCGCCAAGAAACUAUGGAUAAUAGAAUUGAUCAAAUUGCCCAACAACAAAACAGCUUGGCUAGUAUGCUAAGAAAUAUUGAAGAGUCAUUAUCUAGGAAAUUAGAGACAAAUUUAGGUUCAGGUGUAAGUACUGACACUUCAAAUGCUCAAUAUCAAAAUGUGAGGAUAUCGGCAGCAAGAGCAAAUGCUCUGAGUACUGAACUACAGGAAAUAGAAGGACAAGUAGAUAACCUGAUGCGUCAUUUAAAUAGUGUACAUGAGAAAAUAUAUCCAAACCCACUAAAUCAAAUUGUCAAGAUUUUGAAUCUACAUCAAUUGACGCUACAGUCAAUAGAAGAUGAAGCUAUGAAUUUAAAACAGAAAUUGACUAUCGCUGAAGAUUGUCUAGUCAGAAGAUAG